GUCACACGACAAGACAAAGACGGCCAUGUUACUUUAUUGCUGAUAACAGAAACGGUGUAGAAUUGUUGAAAAAGAGUUGGUCGUUCUUUACUUUUUCCUUUUUUCUAAUCCACUUUACAUGUUCGUGGUUUUUUUUUUCUCUUCUCUCUUUCUCUUUUUCUCUUCGUCAAUCUCCGCGUAGCCCAACAACUUCGGAACAACUGAUUAAGAACUCAACAUUAUUCAUGUCUGCGGUUUAAUGAAUAUCGUUCGUUCAACGGUUGGAAGAAGUGGACAAUCGAAUAACCGUUUCACUGUCAACGUGAUGGCAGUUUUCGUUCGUCAUUUGGCAGCCGCCGGAUUUGGAAGAAGUAAGGUGAGUGGAUUGAAAUUGUUGGUGAAUUUUUUUCCUUCACCCCUUUUGCGAUUGUCAUUCCAGGGUGGAAAUACAAGGUUCGAAAACGUACUGAGGACAAUUACCACCUCGUUUUCUCUCAGAGGUCGAAUCGUCCCGUAUAAAUUGUCGGAUAUUGGUGAGGGAAUUCGAGAAGUUACCAUAAAGGAAUGGUUCGUCAAACAGGGAGAUAAAGUGAGUCAGUUUGAUAACAUCUGUGAAGUGCAAAGUGAUAAAGCUUCGGUUACUAUCACAAGUCGCUACGAUGGCCUCGUCAAGGCCCUUCGUUUCAAGGUCGAUGAGAUCGCUCUGGUCGGUCAGCCGUUGGUGGACAUAGAAUUGGAAGGAGACGAAGGGAGUGAUGAGGAAAAAUCGACCAUUUCUUCCUUGGGAAAGGGCGACGACGAUAAAAAAAAAUCGCUCGAAACAGACGCCGGGAAUGAGAAUGUAAAAAAGGUAUUGACCACACCAGCGGUCAGGAAAAUUGCUGCCGAAAAAGGCAUAAAUUUGGCGACGAUCGUCGGGAGCGGAAAAGAUGGCAGGAUACUGAAGGAAGAUCUCCUCAAUUACACCAGCGAUGAGGAAUCAUCCUCCGACAGCGACGUCGAGGAACAGGAUAAAAUCAAGUUGGAAAACAGUCGGGAUAUUCGAGGGGUGAGAAGUGUUGAGAAGAAAAUUUACGCCAAACACAUGUGGUCGACGAUGACCCAAUCAUUGAGUAUUCCGCACUUCGUUUACAGCGACGAAUACGACAUUACGAAGCUCGUUGAAUUCCGGGAGGGUGUUAAAGAUCAACUGAAGGAACAAGGAGUUUCGCUCAGCUACAUGCCAUUUUUUAUCAAGGCGAUAUCAAGGGCGCUAGAGAAAUACCCGGAACUCAACGCCAGGAUUAAGGAAGAAUCGAAGACCGUGGAAAUCUUAUCAUCCCACAAUAUAUCGGUUGCGACCGACACCCCCGGGGGCUUAGUCGUUCCAAAUAUAAAAAAUGUACAAAAUCUUGACGUCAUUGGUAUAGCAAAGGAACUGAAUAGGCUUCAGGAUCUUGGAAAAAGGGCGGCGUUUUCACCGUCGGAUUUGUCAGGGGGUACUUUUAGCCUGUCGAACAUCGGAGUGAUCGGGGGGACCUAUACAAAGCCGGUGAUUCUUUCCCCGCAAAUAAUGAUUGGGGCGAUCGGAAGGACACAAAAAUUACCGCGAUUUGACGAAAACGAUCAAGUCGUCGCUGCUCAUAUUAUUUUCGUCAGUUGGGCCGCCGAUCAUAGAGUGGUGGACGGUGCUACGGUAGCGAGGUUUUCCAAUCAGUGGAAAUACUAUUUGAAUAAUCCAGCGCUCUUGGCGAUGAACGGUUAAAAAUUACCGGUAACGACUUAAGGAGAAAAACGUUCGCAUUACACGGUCUUGAAGUGCAAGAGAAAAACUCGCAAGGUACCUAGAAAAAAUUUUUUCAUCGUGAAAAAUCGGCAGCCCAAUAAUCUGCAGGUACGCAGAUUGAAAAGCCAAAGAAUCUCUCGACACAAGUUGUUAUUAAUUCCUUCAUGUUUUUUUUUUUUGCGAAGCUUCAAUUUGCUGUGCUCUAAAGGAAUUAUAAGGAAAUAAAGUUUAUUUAAAGAUAAAA